AUCAAAACAACUUGCUUACAAGGCUUAUCAAACUCUCUGUCCAAACGAAACUCCAUAAAUAGAAACACAUAACAUCCAUCUCCGUCAUCGAUCAUUUUUACUUCAUUUCUUUCCUUUAGCCCUCAAAACCGCCAUUAAACAUGAAGAGAGAAGGUCGCCAACAUGGGAUGGUAAGGACUUACAGAAUCUUACCAUCUCCAUGGAAUCCUAAACCAGAAUCACGAUUCAUCAACACCUUCAACUCACCGCCGACUGCCGGAUUUUUCACCAAAGUCCAGUCUCGCCCCACCAACCACUCUAAGUUCACCGGCAAGUGCGGAAAGCCGCGUUGCAAUGACUGCCAUAUGAACCCUUGCUGCAAAUCGAAAGACAAAACCAAAGGUAAUCAUAAGCUAAAAUCACAUGAUUUUGCUUCUAAUUGCAGAUUAAUGACUUGGCGGGUCGUUGAUGGAAGGCCCGGAUUAAAUUUUUCUGGGUUUUCUGCGUCUGAGAUUUUGAAUCGUUUAGCUAUUGAUGAUAAUGAUGAUUAUGCUGACGAUGGUGAUGAUGAAAUUGAUGGAUAUUAUGGUAAUUAUUUGGAGGAUUCGAAUGAAAUUCAAGAAAAUGCCUGUGUUGAUAAUAAUAAUAAGGAUGAUGAUAAUGGAUUAGUUGGAGAAGGUGAUUAUGAUGAUAAUAUGAGUUUUUGCGAUGUGGGUUUCGUGUUAGAUCAAGUUGAAGGAGAAGAUGAAGGUUGGUGUUUAGUGGAAGAGAAAUGUGAUUAAUUUGUUAAUGUUUUAAUUAAUUAGCACUAAUCCAUUGUUAAAUGAUUCCUUUUUUUUUUUUUUUUAAUUUGUUGUAUUUUCAUAUAUGUUGUUUUUCUAAUGAUUUCUCACAACUUACAUUACAUGUACCUACCUUAAUUAAUUAAUAAAGGUAGGUAAUGUAUGUGUAUGUAAUUUACUUUUUCUAUAUAAUUAGAAGAAAAGGAAAAAUAAAAUUAUUGAAUAA